AUGUGGAAUCUGGCAUCGAGUUAUCUUACCGGAAACAUAGGACCGAAAAAUGAAACAAGAAAACCAGUCCAUGCUCAUGCGGAAUGUUCAGAUGACGAUGCAUCAUCUGUAGGCAGCAAAGACGAAGGUCUCGAGUGUCCUAUUUGCUGGGAAUCAUUCAACAUAGUCGAAAACGUUCCCUAUGUGCUAUGGUGUGGUCACACAAUGUGCAAAAACUGCAUUUUAGGACUUCAAUGGGCUAUUGUGAAAUUACCUACUCACCCGGUUCAGCUUCCUCUCUUCAUUUCAUGCCCGUGGUGCAACCUAUUGUCCUUCCGUCUUGUCUUCAGAGGAACACUCAGAUUCCCUCACAAGAACUACUUUGUGCUUUGGAUGGUUGAGAGGAUGAAUGGUGAGCGACGCAAUUCGUCCGGUGGAGAUCAUACCGGAGUAAACAAUGACCAUACAAGGGAACCACCAUGUCUCAACCAUCGCCAUCAUCGCAGUCAACUUGAACCAUCAGGUUCUGAUCAUGUUCAUCGCAAUCCCAGGGACAACAUACAAACUUCACUGAGGAAGUCUCUGGUUUUCUUUGUCCAAUUGACUGCAAAGUUCCCAUUGGUUGUCAUAUUUCUGCUGAUAAUACUCUAUGCAAUACCAACCAGUGCAGCUAUACUAGUGAUGUACAUUCUAGUCACUCUCUUGCUGGCUCUACCGUCGUUUCUCAUCCUCUACUUCGCCUAUCCUUGCCUUGAUUGGCUCGUCAGAGAAAUUGUCACAUGA